CAGUCUUGCUCUUGGCAGACCCCGUUCACCAGUCUGCAAACGUGAAUUAUUAUUUCAAUUUGCGUGUGCUCGAAAUUGAGAUGACGAACCAGAGUUAAUUUCAAACAGUGAUUCGGGACUUUUCCAUUGCAAAGGGAUAGAGAUGCAUCGUUCUGCGUAGUUCUUGCUGACGUUUUCAGCUUUUUUGUGACUGGAGCUGAAUAGGCAGCGAGCGCGAUGGUUCUAGCCACGAUAUGGACUCGGGUUGCAGCCGACCUUCGCCAGAAGGAGUUGAUACCUUUGAAACUACUCUUCUUCAUCAAUGCCUCAACACUGUUUGUGUUGUACCCGUACCUGACAAUCCACAUGAGAGAACUAGGCGUGAGUGUCGAAGAAACGGCUGUGAUGAAUGCGGUUACGCCGGUAAUCGCGAUUAUUAUGCCACCCCUGGCAGGAAUGGUGGCUGAUAGGAUUGGAAACUUCAGAAUAAUGCUCUCCUUUUUCUCAACAAUCGGCGGCAUUGCCUCUCUGCUGCUGCUCAUGGUCCCCGUGGGCAGAUUCUCGAUGCCCUACCCUUCGAGGAUUCCCCUCGGCCUGGGCUGCGGCGAAAUCAACCUCAGCUCCGUCUCCCCUUUGCAAGUCACCCUUCUGAAGGACCCGCCCUGCAACCUUAUUAACAUUACGACCCCGAUCAGUCUCAAUCUCGAGUCUUGCGGUUUGGUUUGCCAAGCGCCUUCGACACUUGACCUCAACCUGGUCACUUCGGUGCCCGUCUACAGGGUGGACGUCAACUACGACGGCCAGACCGAAGACUUCUGGUAUGCACCGUCGGUGGUGCUCAACAAGGUCAACAACCUUCCUGUUGAAGGUGACCCUAGAUUUGCUAGUGUUGAAAAACCUCAGUAUUACAACGACGCGAUAAGGGUGAUCGCCUCCGACCACGUGUUCUUCCCCACCUCAACAAUUUACAACAUAACGUGUCUGGGCGACAUGUGCUAUUUCAUGGAUGGCGACUUGAGUUUCCGAAACGCGACCAGAUCCUCCACUGACUCAUUUUUUGCCAAGAGGUACUUUUUCAAACGCACCAAUUUGUCAGAAAACGAAGCUGUUGCUUCAAUCUUCACCGACGACCCUGCCAACCACCGCCGAGCAAAAAGACACCCUAAAAAUGAGACAAACAUCGACGAUCCUUUAACAAGAUCUCAUUUGGCACUGUUUGAGCUUCUCUCGAAAAACUCGUCAUCUUUGAAGUGCGAGGACCCUUUGGCCCUUCGCGACCUGGUGGUGGCAAUGCCCACCAUCGGCGUCAACCUGCGGUCCUGCCGUCCCCUCUGCCUGGCGUCCGCCCCGCGCAAGCAAAUCUGCUCCGAUCUGAAGCGAGAAAAAGUUUACGACCCUUCGCUCACCUUCUGGUUCUACCUGGGCGUCCGAGUUUUGAUCGGAAUCAUCAGCGGGACGGCGUUCGCCAUGUUCGAAGGUGCGGUGAUCGCCACCCUGAGAGAGUACAAGGCCGAUUACGGCAUGCAGAGAAUCUACGCAACCAUCGGCGGCAUGAUCAGCUCGCCCCUGACUGGUCUGCUCAUUGAUUACGUCUCAAGAGGCAAAGAAUACACUGAUUUCAGACCUGCAUUUUAUCUUUACGCCGUUUUGAAAGUGAUUGGUGGGAUUUUGAUGCUGACCAUACGUCUGGACUUCAAAGCUCCUGCACCUGGCGUCGUGCAAGAUGUUUUCAAAGUUCUGAGAAAUAUUGAGCUCUUUGCUUUACUUCUAGCGUGCUUUUUACUAGGAACUGUUUGGGGUUUCCUCGAGAGUUUCCUCUUUUGGCUCCUCCAGGAUCUCGGCGCCUCCAGAACUUUGAUGGGUCUGACGAUCACGGUAGGCGGAUUGGCAGGGUUGCCUUUGCUGGCCCUGUCAGGUCCCAUCAUCGAAAGGGUUGGCCACGCCAACAUAAUCUGCAUUGGCUUCCUGUUCUACACAGUCAGAUUAAUCGGGUACUCUCUGCUAUAUCAGCCGUGGAUUUGUCUGCUCUUCGAAGCCAUGGAAGGGGUCACGUCGUCACUGACCUUCACGGCCGUGGUCACUUACACAGCCAGACUGUCAAAUUCUUCGACAGACUCAAGCAUUCAGGGUCUUAUUGGAGGAAUUUACUAUGGAGUCGGCAAAGGUGCUGGCAGCUUGAUUGGCGGCUUCAUGAUCAAAGCAGUUGGCACGCGGCCGACGUACCAAAUUUUCGCGGCGGCGUGUGCUGGAUUCGCGGGCGUCUACUACCUUUUCCACAAUUACUUCACUCUGCGGAGGCCAAAGCGCCGAAUGAACGACAUCAUGAAGCCGAGCGAUCCUGAAAUCCAACUGGACAAGGUCAAGGAGACCGAAAUCAAUGGUGCGCCGCCGGUCAUCGAGGACAAGAAACAGGCCCUCGAGCAGCAGAACGAAUUCGACAACCAGGCGUACGAGAACGAGGACGUCGAGCGCAAGAACAAAGAAAACGAAGCCAGAAUCGAUUGAAAGCUUCAAAGUGAGAAAUAAUAAAUAAAUUGACUCUUUUCAACUCGAGAGUGUGACAGAAGAAGUUAUAUUUUUAAGUGAUUAAUUUAAAUGUGAGCUAUUUUCAUCCAUUUUAUCUUUUGUAUUUUGUAUCAAUUAAUGGCUGGACCAGUUAUAAAUAAAUAAAUUUAAUGAGAUUGGAAUAAUUUGCAAUUCUAAGUCGCAUUUAAGCAAAAUUACAAUCUUCAGCUGUGAAAAACGUGAAAUUUUUAAAUAAAAUCAAGUAACAAGGAAGUUUAAUAAAAAUGUAUUUAUUUUUUUGUUCAUUUGUCAGUCAAAUCCUAAUGUCAGGCGUGCUUAAAUUUAUACAGAUGAGGGCGAUCCGAAUUUAUCGUAAUUUUGAUUAAUUUUUGUCAAACA